CGUCAAUAAUAACAACACUCCCGUCUCGUAACUUCUGAACGCAACAACGACAACAUGAACUUGACACUGAACCCAGCGGACGAGGCCGCUUUCUUCAGCAACUGGCUAUCGCAGAUCGCCAGUCGGCCACGUCGAUAUGAGCCGACUUACGAGCCUUCUCCGGCAGAGUGCACAGCACAGCUACCUCCGGCGAGUAGACCAUUUCCACUGAGGGAAACCUCGGCAACACCCGCUUCCGCGAAUGAGGCCGAAAUCACCAUCAAAGCUUUGAAGGGUGGGGACAAACCCUUCACGCUUCGAGUAUCCCGCCUGGAACCGAUCGGAGACCUCAAGGCCCGUAUUGCAGCUGAAUCCGGUGUGGCUAUUGCAGCGCAACGCCUUGUUUUCAGUGGGAAGGGCCUGUCAGAUAACAAGACUCUGCUGGAUUAUGGGAUUGAAACGGGGGCGACUAUUCAUCUGUUGAGGAAGCCUGGUGUUAGCGCAGAUGCCAAGCCGGUUGUGCCCACGACUGACGCCGAGAAGACGGCUGCGAAGAAACCGGAGGAGACGGAGAGCGCGGCGGUAUUUCAGGCGAAGGGGAAGGACCCCGCUCUGUGGAAAGGAUUCAGGACGGUAAUCGACGAACAUUUCGAGGACUCUGCCAAUGCGCAAACGCUUUUCGAUGAGUUUGUGCGGGCGUAUCAUGGUCUUUGCGGUCCAUUAUCGGUGUCCCAACGAGAUGCAUUGAAGAAGGCCGAGGCCGAAUCGGCGUAGUCAUUAUCUGUAACAGCAUCCGCUCACUGAUACCUGCGUGGACCGAUCCUUGCAUUACAUGUGGCCGGAGUUCCUUUUUGAUCGAAUUAGCUUAGCUCAUGUAGCGACGGGGAGGCAUAACGGAAGCCGGGACUUAAGACAGAUAUCUUGCGUACCGCUGCCACUGCCAUGAGUUACAUUUGCGAAGUUUCAUGAGGCAUCACGCUCACAAAGUCCAUAAUUCGAGUACUGCUGCUCGAAAGGCUUGCAGCAUAUGGACACAGUGGCAUGCAAAGCGAGGGCUUCCUCCCACAAAGGCUGCUUGCGAGACUGUGCUGCGGGGUAACG